AAUAUUUCAAAAGUGAGAUUUCAUAGAAAAUGGAGAACAAGCAGGAAAUUUUGGACGCUUUGGACGAAUUUGCCAAACAAGGUCCAGAAGGUUUGAUUAACAACGUCCUAGAGCAGUAUCUCUGUAAAAUCGCCGCUACUGGAAUGACUCAUUUCCCAUGGGCAAAGAUAAAACCAUUAAUAAACCACAAACUAAAUUUGGUAGUCGAAGAAUUCCAGAAGAAAUACCCAGUCGAGAAACAGGCAGUGUGUCCUAACAACGGAGAGUUUGUCUCAUUUGAAGACAUGAAAGACCGUUUGCAGACUUGUCUCGCUCAGCUCAAUGGAAUUCCUUUUACCAUACAAAGAUUGUGUGAACUGCUCACAGAUGAAUCCAUCAAUAAGCAAUACAAAAAGGCUGAUAAGUUCAUGAGAGGACUGGAAAAGAACCUCAUUGUAGUAACCACAGUCGACCCAUUUGGAAAACAACAACAGCAGCAGCAAGUACUGAACAAGCAAAAAAACUUGAAAACAUCUCCAUCGUUAGAUAAUAACCAUGAUAACAAUCAAGAUAUUAACGAAAGUAAUGACGAUUGUGACGCUAGUGGCCAGGGCGGCGACUUCAUCAAAAAUAAUGAUGCCGGUGAUGAUUAUUUUCCACCUAAAAAACUUUUCAAGGCGGAUGAUGAUGAAGCCAAUGAUGAUGAUGAAGAGGAGGAGGGAGAGGGUGGCAGUGAUGAUUACGAUCUCCAAAACGCUCCUCUACUGACACAAUUACUGAAUGGAAACUCAGUGACGACAACACUAACACCACAACAGCAACAACAGAAUGCUGAUAACCAACAACAUCAAGAUGACAUCAUGAAAGAUUUCAGUGAUGGCAUCAACAACGACAGCAACGACAUCAACAUGGAAAUAACAACAGCCCAACAUGACAGCAACAACUCUAACAAUGAAAGCAUGGCUAAUAAUGACGACGAUGAUAUUGUUGAUAGCAUGUCUCCAAUGAAAGAUCUUGAAAUUAAUGAUAACAACACAACAACAACAACGACAACAACAUCAGAUGGAACUGCUUUCGAUUGCAACUACAAUGACGAUAUUGGAGACGAUGUGAAUGUCACAAAUGAAGGCGCUGAAAUGUGCGGCGAUGUUAACAAGAACAGCGAAAGCAAAAAUGAUGAUGACCGCGAUGAUCCUCGUCUGCCAAUCAAAUCGUUGUCAGCAUUGGUGGCGUCGUCUGAAGAUGUUGAAAUGAUAGGAGCAGAUAUUAACUUUGAAAUUAUCUCUCUGAUCAAAAUAUUUUCCGGUUUAACGGCAUCCCUAUUAUUGGAUUUUGAAUAA